AUGAGCUUCAGUAGCUCUGCUGAAGGUAGCCAAACAUCUAGAAGGGCAUUUGAGUUUGGAAGGACUCAUGUCGUCAGGCCAAGAGGGAGACACGAAGCUACAAUCGUUUGGCUUCAUGGCCUCGGUGAUAAAGGCUCAAGCUGGUCCCAGCUCUUGGAAAACCUUCCUCUUCCAAAUAUAAAGUGGAUUUGCCCAACUGCUCCUACUCGACCGGUAUCUUUGUUUGGUGGAUUUCCUUCCACUGCUUGGUUUGAUGCAGAAGAUAUUUCCGAGGAUGCACCUGAUGAUGUAGAGGGAUUGGAUGCAUCGGCAGCAUACGUUGCAAAUCUUUUGUCAGCAGAGCCUGUUGAUAUUAAACUAGGUGUUGGAGGAUUUAGUAUGGGUGCUGCAACCGCUCUCUACUCAGCCACGUGUCAUGUUUUUGGACGGUACGGAAACAGAAACCCGUACCCAGUUAACCUGAGCUCUGUUGUUGGUCUUAGUGGCUGGCUACCAUGUUCAAGGAUACUGAGAAACCAGCUGAAGGAAUCCAAUGACACUGUAGCGCGUGCAGCGACAUUGCCUAUUUUACUCUGUCAUGGACCUGGAGAUGAAGUGGUGGCUUAUAAACAUGGAGAAAAAUCUGCACGUAUAUUAAGUUCGGCUGGGUUUCAAAAUCUUACAUUUAGAACAUAUGACGGACUUGGCCAUUAUACCAUUCCUGAAGAAAUGGAAGACGUCUGUCGCUGGUUAACUGCAAGAUUGGGGCUUGGGGGAUCUUAA